AUAAUCUCCUCUCAAAUGUGAAUAUUUUCUUUGCAAAUUGCACGUUGCAUUUAAGUUGAUAUUAGUAGUAGUGAAUAACGUGCAUGGCUUACAUUAGUUAAUGAGCAAGCUCCUUGUAGCAGCAGCUGCUCGGAGAGAAAACUUUUUCUCCUGGUGGAGCUUUUAUUUCACUGGUCUCCCAUCCGCACGCUAGGGUGCGGAAGCACCUCGCUAGUAGAAGAAACUGCUAGUAGAAGAAACUUUUUUUCAUUUUAAUAUUUUGUAAACUUUCUCUCUUUCACUCGUCGCACUUCCGCUGGAGCGGAAGUGCGACCAUAAGAUCAUCACAUGUGACCAGCACCGAAGAAAAGAAUUGUUAUCGGGUCAACGCCAGCGGUAUCGAUGGGAAGGAUUGCGCGAGGAUGAAUCUCCAGUUAGUCAACGAAAACUUUAUUUGUGGAGCAUGCCCAGCAAUCCCACCUGGCCCUUGGUGUAAAGAGUUGGCUCGGAAGAAGAUCCACACGACAGACACUUCAGCGUCGGAAGUCGACAUAUGUGACUGACAUUUUUCUGGGCGUCACUAACAAUGCAAGUUUCCUAGCGUAUGUUCUUCGAUUUUGGGCAAAAAUCUCCGCUUCACGUGCCUAUGUACUGGGCGACCGAAUCUUUCGCAAAUUUCAUUAAUUAAUUAAUUAUGUAUGUGCUCAAUUGACCCAAAUUUUGUCAAAAUCGGCGACCAUACUCUGGGAGACCUCCAUUUUAAGGGUAUUUUCUGUAUGUAUGCAGUACACUCUUGGCGACAAGUUCAUGUCGCGUGCGGCGCAAGGCGAAUUCGUCUUCCUGAAUUUGAAACCCGUCAAAUGGAACUGGAUUCCGACGUCACUGGUGGAAAUUUCCUGUGAAGCUGGCAAAUACCUGGUCAAACCGGGCGAGGGAAAUAUAGUCAUCAGACACGGAGAAGUCCUUAACACCACGGCCAGAACGUAUCUACACUUUGGCGAUGAGUUGGGGUUCAUGAAAUAUCGUGACGACAUUUCCGGUGGACUUGCCAUCUUCACUUUUGAUGAACGUGAAUAUGAAACUAAUUGGGAUAUAUAUAGAACAAUAGGACUCAAUUCGAGUGAAUGUCGGCCGGAAAAUAGUGAUGGAUUAAUCUUCACACCGGGACAAAAUCACGUGAUAUUCUCCCGCAUUCUGUCGUACCUCUCCCUCGGAAACUUACUGAACGCCCGACUAGUUUGCAAACAGUGGGGCGAACAAGUGACCCCCCUCGUGCGGAAGAAAUCCACGAUAAAUUUUUAUUCUUGGACUAUCACUCCGUCCCUACGAUUUUCACAGUACGUCCAUGAAAUUAAGGGUGUCGCACCCUGGCCAAAUUGGCAGAUUCACUGCCCCUACUCCGUCCCAGGGGAAGGGGGCGACGAGAAGGGACGAGCCGCCAAGUAUUUCGCUGAUUUGAACUGGUUUCUUGACCCGCGCUGGGGACACCACGUGAGGACCUUGUCGCUAAGCGGGAGCAUCCAUUCCGACCAAGAUUACGGCGUGUAUAUCAAAAUUGUUACUUUCUUUAAGGACACCUUGGAAGAAUUAAGUGUCAACUUACACAUAAAAAUUUUCAAUGCUGAUGGAUACGAGGAGAACUAUUCUACGAAGGAUGACCUAGUUUUCAAAAAUCUGAAAAAAUUGGCAAUCCGUAUAAAUCCUGAUGACGCUCGAUCCUUGAGAGGAAAGGAAUUUUCCGCGCUUUGGAUGAAAAUUUGGGCAGGCGUAGUUAAAGGUUUGGAUUCUAUGGAAAUUCGCGGAUCGCCAAUUUUGGGGUCAAGAUUUGUACAAGAAUUGCAUAAAAUGGGAACUUUGUCGCACAUAAAUUUGAGGGAGAUCGUGCUAACGUGCAAGGCAGAGGAUGGCCUCACUUUUCUCGCCGAUGUGAAUCAGCCACUGAAAAAGGUGACCUUAAGGGAACCUCUGGAAGUGCGUAACAUUUGGCUCAGUUUUUCUCAAGUACUCCGAUGGAUAGCGCAUCAAAAUCUCCGAUCGCACUCAAACUUUUUAUACUAAUUCUGUAUGGGAUGAAAAAUAUUACCCCAAACCCAUUUUUCGAAAUUUCAAUUUU